AUGAAAGCAUGACAUUUAAGCACCUAAUAGCAUAGAUUAUGUUGUUUUGUGGGUCACGUUAAUGCUUUACUGUGAUACAGUUUGAAUUUAUCUACUGGUUAUAGCCAUACGUCUUCCUCUUUUUUAUUGUUAUUGUGUGACAUUGUCCUCUUUGACUGCAAUGUUGCUCCACCGUGGUUCGUCCAAAGCUCAGACUGAUUCCGAAGAAUACGCUUGGAAGAUAAGCAGUCAUUAACGAUGCGUGUCAGAGCCUGUCGGGCAUUAAGCAGGAUGGUUUGGGGAAGGUAUUUAUUAACCGCUGGCCUCCAGUGCUGCAGAUGUAGAGUGAGCUGUCAUGUAAAUAGACAUUACAGCUUUCUUCCAGAUGAUGUCAAAUCACUGAAGGCUGUGACCAAUCCUGAUAUAUCCAAAAUCCGAAACAUUGGCAUUAUGGCCCACAUUGAUGCAGGGAAGACAACCACCACAGAAAGGAUGCUUUAUUACUCUGGCUACACGAGAGCACUAGGAGAUGUGGACGAUGGGGAUACAGUCACAGAUUUUAUGGCUCAAGAGAGGGAGCGUGGCAUCACCAUACAGUCGGCAGCGGUCACAUUUGAUUGGAAAACUCAUAGAAUAAACCUCAUAGACACCCCAGGACAUGUUGACUUCACUCUCGAGGUAGAGCGGGCGCUUCGUGUUCUCGAUGGGGCUGUUGCAGUGUUUGAUGCUUCUGCCGGGGUUGAGGCUCAGACUGUGACUGUGUGGAGACAAGCAGAGAAGCACCAUGUUCCCUGUGUUUGUUUCCUGAAUAAGAUGGAUAAGCCUGCAGCAAACCUAAGUUUUUCCAUUGAGAGCAUAAGACACAAGUUAAAAGCCAACCCAGUCCUCCUUCAGAUUCCUGUCGGCUGUGGCAAAAACUUCUCAGGUGUGGUUGACUUGUUAACCAACCAGAAGCUGACAUGGAAGCUAAGAUCUACGAGAGAUGAUGGACGAGUGUUUGAAAGCAAACCUCUCGACCAGUCGGACGAGCCAGAACUCCUGCAGGAGGUGAACGAGGCCAGGACGGCUUUAAUUGAGCAGGUUGCUGAUCUGGAUGAUGAAUUUGCUGAACUGUUGCUGACUGAUUUUAGUGAAAAGUUUGAUGCUGUUUCCUCAAUCAAACUACAGGAGGCUGUGCGGCGGGUGACUCUGGCCCGUAAAGGCGUCCCAGUACUCUGUGGGAGCUCUUUGAGAAACAAAGGUGUUCAGCCCCUUUUAGAUGCCAUCACCGCCUACCUGCCUGCCCCCAAUGAACGGCACCAUGACCUGGUGCGGUGGUACAAGGAUGACUUGUGUGCCCUGGCCUUCAAGGUUCUCCAUGACAAGCAGCGAGGUCCUCUGGUGUUCCUCAGGAUUUACUCUGGUACUCUAAAAGCACAAACUGCGGUCCACAACAUCAACAGGAACAGCAUUGAGAGGAUGAGCAGGCUGCUGGUGCCGUUUGCUGAUCAGCAUGUAGAAAUCCCUUCCAUGACAGCGGGAAACAUCGCUCUGACUGUAGGGCUGAAGCAGACAGUCACAGGGGACACUAUCGUCUUAUCGAAGGCUUCAGCAGCAGCUGCAGCCCGCCGAGCCCAAAAUGACAGCGGGUCAGGGAAGAGGCAAGGGGAACAUGCCAGCGUGGUCCUUUCAGGGGUGGAGGUCCCUGAUCCCGUCUUCUUCUGCACCAUAGAACCGCCCACCAUGGCCAAACAGGCUGAUCUUGAGAAUGCACUGAAUUGCCUCCAGAGAGAAGACCCCAGUCUUAAAGUCAGGGUUGACCCUGACUCUGGCCAGACCAUUUUGUGUGGGAUGGGAGAGCUGCACAUCGAGAUCGUCCACGAUCGAAUCAGAAGAGAGUAUGGCGUUGAGACUCACCUCGGGCCGCUACAGGUGGCUUACAGGGAGUCUAUUCUCCACGAGGUCUCUACUACAGACACGCUGGACCGUACUGUUGGGGAGAGACGACAUGUUGUGACAGCGAAGCUGGCCGUCGCACCUCUUCACAUCUCCGCUACGGGUGGUUCAUGUGAAUUAGCUUUCGCAGAGGAAUUGGGGGGGCAGCUAUCACCACAAAUGAAGGAGGCAGUGGAGAAUGGAGUACACAGCUCAUAUCUUCAAGGUCCAUUGCUAGGAUAUCCUUUACAGGGUGUAGCUACAUUGAUCCAAAGUGUCACCAUGGAACCAGGAACAUCUCCUGCCAUGGUGUCUGCUUGUGUGUCCCGGUGCAUGCUGAAGGCCCUGAGGCUGGCAGGAGGUCAGGUCCUGGAGCCAGUGAUGUCCCUGGAGGUGACUGUCGGGGAGGACCGCCUUGGCUCUGUGUUGGGGGACUUGGCCCAAAGACGAGGGACUGUCCGAGACAUCCAGAGUCGACACGACGACAAGGUGCUGCUGGCAACUGUGCCCCUGGCUGAGAUGAUGGGCUAUUCCACCAUCCUGCGAACAAUAACAUCUGGCAAUGCCACCUUCUCUCUGGCGCUGGACACCUAUGAGGCCAUGAACCAGCAGGACCAGAACACCCUCCUUAAAAGAAUCGCUGGUCUGCUGUGAUCUCAUCCAUGUGAAGCUGUUCAGUAAUGGGACCAAUGGCCUUCUGGGACAGAGGCAUGGCUCGUACCACAACAGAGUUUUCCAGGACUUGCAGUAAAUGUCAGUAAAAUGCUGUUUAGUGUGAAUACUCACUGCAGGAAAGAGCACAAUACAAAAUGUGAACCAUGUUCUUAGCUGGAUGGAAAAUAAAUUGUAACGAGAGACUUGCACAUAAAAUGUCAACAUUUUAUUUAUAAUCAAACAUUCAUAAAAAAAAGAGUGCAUUCAUAAAUUCAACAGCUUUAUGACAUUAGAUGAGAUCAAGAGUUGUGUGGAGCAGAUUUGUAAAGAAUGAUGCGUCGAAGAGCAUAAGUACAGUACAGUACAGUGACAUUGCCACAAAGGCAUUUGGCAUUUGAUUUUUCAGUUUAAAAUACAAGUAUUGGGUUGAUUGUAUACGAAUUCGCUUCCCUUUCCUUUUUCUGUUCCCAUGGCCGGCCUGUCAGUUCUUUUCAGAUACCUUUGUACUCUUGGGGACAGUAGCUGGAAAACAGUGGCUCAGCUGGGAUCCCACGCCUUAGAUAGGAAAAGAUAGUUCAGAUCAUUAAUACAUUUAUAUUAAAUCAGUAGCAUUUAACAGGAGUGUGUCUGUUAGAUGAUGAGGCAGAGACUGGUACUUAUGGAAUCAGAUGGGUCCACCUUGCAGAGACCAGUUUCAGUCAUUGAAUCUCCUGGCUUUGGCGAGAUGUUUUUUUUAAAGCAAUUUUCAUAUGGAACAAUUUCUUCUUUAUUUCAUUCACACUUGCGGACAUAUAGGGCAGCAUAUGUAGCCAAUAUAGUAUUAUUGAGGCGGGAAAUUCAAAUUUACAAUUUUCAUAAACGCACAGUUAGCAUUCAUCAUGUUAAUGCUGGUCAUAUCAGUUAUCUGAAGUUAGUAGCGUUUGCUGAAUCUGGAAGAGGAAGGGGAAGUUAAGAUAAGGAUAAGAAAAUAUUCUUGCAUGAGGCCAAAUGUGAGUUAUGUUGCUGAUUUAACAGGUUAGAGCUCAAAGAGGCGACAAGUUCUUUCAAUGUAUGGAAAGGGCCUUAAAAUGUAUUAAGUUUAACCUCAGAAUUCCUCCAUAUACCUAGUUAUCGUUCCUGGUAAUUACUUUUCUGUCCCCCGUACAGCUGUUAAGUUAGAGUGCUGCAUUCAUAUUGAGACCCACCUGAAUCCAUAGCGACCGACGUAGAUGUGAAUAGCACAAACAGACUAUACUUACGCCACCAUGCGACAGCGGUGCACAGACAGUCUGUUGAAGGCAUCAUUGACGUCCGUCACAUCCAUGGCGCUCCACAGACGCUCCGCCACAGCACUGGCACGAGGCCUGGAAAUAACAGAAGACAAGAGAUAAGAAAUGUUUAUACGUCAUGGAUCACAAUGCAUUUAUUUUCUGGAAAUAUUUCGUUACUAAAACAACAUACCAGAGUCUGGGUGUCAGGUUGGUGGCGUCCACAUACUCCCCCCACAAACAGGCUUCUCCACCAAUCACAAGCUUCUUUUGUUCUGCAGUUCCUGUUUUGAAAUGUAAUAUUUAAUGAGAACAAGCAGCCCAAGCAACAGCCAGGGAAUCUAAAGCUCCACUGGACUAGAGAGUAUAAUUGUAAUUAAAUUAAGUAUUUUAUUUCGUUUAUCAGUGAUUUUCUGAAAGCAAAAUAUUUAAAUAUUUUCCCUCUGUUCAUUCAACAGGCUUACACAUAUUAGCACAGGAGUGACAAACAACUUCAUGACAUUUCAGAUAUGUGUCAAGAGUCAAACAAUACAUAAUAAUAAAUGAGUCAGACCAACAAUAAAACAAUUACGUGAGUGAGGUAACACCCGUAAUUAUAAUACUGGGAAAAAGCAAUGUUGCAUAAACAGAAAAUGACCAGCCAUAACGGGCAGGGGGUAGAAGUCUUGCCAAUUAAAUCAAUCAUGCAGACACAAACCCUUGAAAUCCUGUGGGUCGGCCUUGUAAUGGCCCUGCCAGUCCUGGCCGUAGGAGAUACGGUUCAGGUACCAGGGAGUGGACAGCAGGGUCUGGAACCCUGAUGAUGUAACUUUUGCCAUCUCACUCUGGUAUUGCUCCUUGUUUCCUUUCCAAACGUGGAUAAGUGUGUCUGGUUUCAGCUACACAGCACACACACAUAAAAGUAUCAGUACCAGCAAGAUGAAGAAGACAACCGGAGUGGAGGGACG